GAGUCGUUCCUAUUUUAUUUCUUAAUGCGCAGGUAUAGUCUUGCCUCAGUUUAUUCAUUUUAUUGGGCAAUUCUCUAAAUUUCAAUUAAAUUCAACUGGCCUUUGUCAAAAUUACGUUCCUGCUCCACGUCACCCCAAGUCUUAAUCCGUUUACAUCUAAGUCAAUCAUUAAGAUUUAUUCAAUAUUUCCUAUAAAUUUAAUAGUUUCUAUAGCAAGGAUAACAUUCCCGGUCAUAUUUUGGAUAUUUUUAUGAUAUUUUCCUAAAUUUAGUCUUAAACUAGUCACCACGUUUCAAGGUCUAAUUAAUUGCAUUGCAACCAUUGUGCCAAUCGUGUGCCAUCAUUGCUAAUUUUUAAUAUUUAUUUAAAAUAUUUCAGAAAUCCACGCGUUCAUCCUCGCACGUUGCACGUAUCCGAGCAGUGCCUUGGCCGCGGCUGCAGCGUGCUCGUGGACGCUUAGGCCAUUGUUCCAGCUGCUUGCCUGCCUCUGCCACGCUAUUGCCAUUCGCAAACACGCUAUUUGCAAAUUUAAAAUUUACGUAUCGUUCUAAAAGUUUUCAUAUUUAAAUUAUAAAAAGUUUUAAUUGUAUUUCCUUUUAUUGCAGCUAAAUUCAAGGGUACUUUUUGCCAAAAAUCUUGCACACAAUUUCAAAUUCUUAUUGCAUUUCUCGCACAAUGGAUUUAAAAAACUUAAAAAAAACACGUGCUUCUUACAAAUCAAAGCUCACCAUAUUUAAAUCUUAUCUAGAGCCUCUUCUGUCUUGCACUACGCUAAAUAGCUUGCAAAUUCACGAAUUAAAUACUAGAUUUAACAAAAUCCAAGAUAUGUACAAUGAUUUCGACUCAGUUCAAACUGAUAUAGAAAACUUGACGGAAAUUUCAGGUGACGAGUACACAGAACGGGAAUCUUUCGAGACAAGCUACUUCGGGGCCAUGGCUGCUGCGCAGGAACUGCUCAGCAGGCAGGCCGCGGCCGGUGCUGCCUCUGCGGCGCCUGAGGACAAUCGGGUAACGGGUUCCAAUAUCGUUACUGCACUCACAGGUGGGCCAAAUAUUAAAUUACCUACUAUUCAUUUACCUACCUUUUCUGGGCGCUAUCAGGACUGGUUAGAAUAUCAUGAUACCUAUAAAUCUCUCAUACACGACAACCAAUCAAUUCCUGUUAUACAUAAAUUUCAUUAUUUGCGAAGUUCAUUAAAGGACGGUGCUUCACUCGUAAUUAAAUCACUAGAAUUCACGUCUGAUAACUACACAGUCGCGUGGGACUUACUUUGUGAACGUUACACCAAUGAUAGAAUAUUGGUAAAUAAUCACUUAAAUGCAUUAUUUAACAUACACCCUGUGCUUCAAGAGUCUUCAAGGGCUUUGCGCAAUACUAUAGAUUUAGUAAACAAAAAUCUCAGGGCUUUGAAGACUCUUAACUUACCCACGGAGCACUGGGACAUACUCAUAAUUCACAUGGUAGCUAGCAAACUCGAUUCAGCCACUCUGCGCGACUGGGAGACCGAGCGCAAUGACAUUAAACAUCUACCAACACUAACAGAAUUUACCACUUUCUUGAGAAACCGCGCAGAUUUGCUAGAAACCAUGGAAGAAGCACGAACACUAGACAAACCACGUAGACACAGUGACGUUACCCAUAAUCGUCAUAAAACAUUUCUUAUAAAUCAUACUCAAAAUCAGACACAGUACAAAUAUAAAUGUCCUGUCUGCAACAAUAACCAUUCAAUAUAUCAAUGUACUAAAUUCAAAACAAUGCCAAUUGAGUCGCGAAUUACCAAAGUAAAACAAUUGAACCUUUGCACAAAUUGUUUGCGAUCAGGACAUGACGAGCAACGUUGCAGGCUGAGCUCAUGCCGGCUUUGCACACAAAGGCACAACACCAUGUUACACAUGAAACAUGACAUACAUGCAAACAAUAAGCCUUCCACAUCCACACCUUCAAAUGACUGUGUGGCACAAUCAACACAAAAGGAGUGUACACAAGCACCACAGGCUACUAAUAGCAUUGCUUUAUGCUCCACUCUGGGUAGUUCGAGUAUACCCCUAGCUACAGCUGUCAUAAACGUCAGCGACUGCGAUGGCAACAUGCACAAAGUCAGAGCUCUCUUGGACAACGCAAGCAUAUCGAGUUUCAUAACGAAAGAUCUUCAGUCAAAGCUAAAAUUGCCUACCUAUUCUACUAAUAUGUCAGUCCCAGUUCUAGAAAAGAAAAGGUCACGCAUCACCGAACAUUGUGAUGUAGCCAUUAAAUCACGCACACAAGAUUACACAACAGACGUUACUUGUUUCGUUGUCCAAGAUAUCACUGACAUGAUUCCAUUCACUAAAAUAAACUGUGACUCAUUCACUAUUCCCCCUCACAUCCACCUAGCGGAUCCGAAUUUCCACGAGCCAUCCGAGGUGCAGAUGCUGCUGGGUGCACAACUCUUUUGGGAGUUGAUGACAUUCAAUCACAUAGCCCUGGGCAAGAAUAAACCCAUCUUAGUUGAAACAACACUCGGAUGGCUUGUCGUAGGUUCUAUACACACACAAAACUCUAAACAAAAGCAACCUUAUACAGUCCACUGCAAUCUAAUAAACAACAUUGAGCUUGACGCAAAACUAGACAAGUUCUUUGAACUAGAAUCGGUUCCAUCCACUCAACAAAUCCACAAUAAAGGUGAGAGUGAAUGUGAACGCAUAUUCACACAAACAACAACACGCCACCCAGAUGGUAAGUUUGUUGUCACAAUACCCCUAAAGGAAUCCCCUGAAUGUUUGGGCGAUUCAAAAACACAAGCAUUACUCAGAUUUCAAGCACUAGAGCGUAAAUUCAAGCGCAACCCAGAAUACAAACAAAAAUACAUUGAAUUCAUCGAAGAAUACCUAAGGUUAGGUCACAUGUCAGAAAACACUAACAUACAUACAAACGAAAUUUCAUAUUUUCUGCCUCACUUUGCAAUUUUGCGUGAGUCUAGUCUCACUUCACGCUUGCGCACUGUUUUUGACGGCUCUGCAGUUUCUAGCUCAGGAAAAUCGUUUAAUGACAUACAACUCGUUGGGCCGACUGUACAGGAUGACUUGCUGAGCAUAUUAAUUCGAUUCCGACAGCACAAGUUUGUAGUAACUUCAGAUGUCCAGAAAAUGUACAGACAAAUCUGAUGAACUGCUGUUCUCUGUAACUGACACUUUAAAACAAAAACCCAUAAACAAACGUAGUAUUUUAUCCACCAUUGCCACUAUUUUUGAUCCAUUAGGACUUAUAAACCCUUGUUUAUUGCCAGCCAAGAUAAUUCUACAGUCGUUGUGGGCUAAAAACAUUUCUUGGGAAAGCCAAUUACCCGACGAAAUAGAGAGCCAGUGGAACAAUUUUGCUAAACAAAUACCUGAAAUAGUCCAAAUUCGCAUCCCGCGAAGAAUAUUAUGUGAUUUUUACGUCAAGGUCGAAAUGCACGCUUUUAGCGAUGCUAGUAACAAAGCUUAUGCAUCAUGCAUAUAUAUACGCUCAAUUUCCAAUGCAGGAAAAGUAAAUGUUCACCUAACACUAGCCAAAAGCAAAAUUGCUCCACUGAAACAGAAAUUAAGUACCCCACGAUUGGAAUUAUUAGGAGGCCUUUUGUCAACCCAACUAGCAAAAAAAGUGAAAAAUUCACUGCGCCUAACAAUUGACUCACAUCAUUUUUGGUCUGAUUCAACUAUAGUUUUGUGCUGGAUAAAAACAUGUAAACAUCAAUUAAAACAAUUCGUCCACAAUAGGGUCACAGAAAUAACUAACAACUCUAACCCCACUGAUUGGCACUAUGUACCCACAAACAUGAAUCCUGCCGACAUAGGCAGCCGGGGUCAGAGUGCAUCUAGCCUCAAGGAUUCAUCCUUGUGGUGGGAAGGACCGACCUUCCUCCACGAAACCGAAAUACAAUGGCCUACUCAGCCUCAAAACUUACCUUUGCACGAUUUGCCUGAAGUCAAAACACAUUGUCUUGUUUCAAUUAAAGAACAACGUGAGGAUAAUUUCACUUCUAAAUAUUCAAACUUUUGUAAACUGCAAAGAAUUAUAGCAUACAUGAAUAGAUUCGUUCAUAACUGUAGAAAUGAAACAAGUAAAAGCACUGGCCCAUUAAAAGUGUCUGAACUAAAUUUAGCUUUACAAAUGUUAUGUCACCAAGUGCAGGCUGACAAAUUCGCUGAGCAACUCUCGCGUUUGCAAAAGAAAUGCCCGCUCUCUCCUAAAGACACACUUUUGAAAUAUAACCCAUUCGUAGAUGAUUUUGGGAUUAUGCGAGUAGGCGGUAGACUUGUAAAUUCAUAUUACGAUUAUAACACAAAACACCCUAUUCUAUUACAUGCAUCACAUCACAUCACUAAAAUAUUGGUACACUACUACCAUCGAAUGUUGUUGCACACUGGACCGCAGCUGAUGCUAACAACAUUACGCCACAGGUAUUGGAUAAUUAACGGCCGUAACCUUUGCAGAAAAACCUCACAAAGCUGCAUUACAUGUUUAAGAUAUGCAGGGAAAACUCAUCAACCUAUUAUGGGAAACUUGCCACUGCAAAGGGUACAGUCUGAAUAUGUAUUUGCUAACACAUCUUGCGACUACGCUGGGCCGAUCCUGAUAGCGAGCAAAAAGGGUCGUGGUUGUCAAUUAAAAAAAUCAUACAUAGUGGUUUUUGUCUGCUUAGCAGUGAGGGCGGUACACUUGGAGCUCGUCACUGAUUUGACCGCAAUGGGCUUUAUUGCCGCUCUAAACAGAUUCAUAGCCCGCAGAGGCAAACCAGCCACCAUUUUAUCAGAUAAUGGUACUUGCUUCGUAGGGGCUUGCAACGAAUUAGCAAAGUUCCUCAAAAAUAAUUCUGAUGAAAUAACAUCAUAUUCAGCUGCUAAGGAAAUAGAAUUUAAAUUUUGUCCUGCUUAUAGCCCGCAUUUUAAUGGUUUGGCAGAGGGAGCCGUAAAGCAGGUAAAAUAUCAUUUAAAACGAGUUACCUCAAUGGCCCACUUAGAUUAUGAAGAAAUGGUAACAUUUUUGGUUCAAUGUGAAGCUUUGCUUAAUUCUAGACCUUUGACACCAAUUUCAUCUGAUCCGUCAGAUCUCACUCCUCUCACCCCUGCGCAUUUUUUGAUAGGUCGAACUCUCACAAUGACACCUGCUCCCUUGGUGCAAGAUUCGCCGAUCCACACCCUUGCAAGAUACAAAAGAAUAGAAGCGCUCAAAGCGCAUUUUUGGAAUCGCUAUUAUAAAGAAUAUAUUUCAGAACUGCAGGUCCGAAACAAAUGGCGCAGGGACGGAGGCCAGCUGAAGCUCGGUGAGAUGGUCCUCAUCAAGGACGACCGCUUGCCGCCCAGCAGGUGGCUACUCGGACGAGUCGCCGCUGUCUACCCGGGCGACGACGGAGUCAGCCGCGUCGCUGACGUUACCACCACCACAGGGACGCUGAGACGAGCCUACAACCGGCUCUGCCCGCUCCCAUUCACUUUGGACCAGGACGGUCCAAGGGGGCCAGCUUGUUAACGCCCUACCACGACUCGCGGACCGGUUCCCCCGCCUCCAGCUCUCCCCGCGCGCCGCCCCCGCCGGCUGUCUCCACGCCGCGCACCGCGCCACCAUUCCUCCAACGGCACUCGGCAUAGGCGCGCGCGCACCGAUCUAUAUAAUUCUCAUUGUAAUUUAAUCGCUAAAGUUUGAUUAAAAUUGUUAAAAGUUAA